CCCACGUCCGAGCUUCGCGCUCUGCCCCUCACAGCUACUGUUACUGCCCCUCACUACUGUUACUGCCCCUUUACUGCUCCUGCCCACAGCACCAUUCGCUUCCAGCGCUGCCCACGGUUCCCACCCUUUCCCUGCCUCAGCCUUCUGCUCACAUGGAUGCCUCAGAGGUGCGCUACUGCUCCCGCUUCAACUACCUGUGCCUUAAAUUUGCCCUCGUUGUGUACAGUACCGUGUUCUGGCUUAUAGGUGCCUUUGUUCUGGCCAUUGGGAUUUAUGCUGAGGUGGAGAGACAAAAAUACAAGACUCUGCAUGGUAUCUUUCUGGCUCCGUCUAUUAUCCUCAUCCUCCUCGGAGUGCUCAUGUUUGUGGUAUCGUUUAUUGGUGUUCUGGCCUCCCUCCGUGAUAACGUGUGCCUGCUGAAGGUGUUUAUGUACACCCUGGUUGUCUGCUUGAUAUUGGAGCUUGUCGGUGGGAUCAUCGCUCUGAUCUUCAGGCACCAGACCAUGGAUCUUCUCAAUCAUAACAUUGGGAAGGGAAUUAGGAAUUAUUAUGAUGACCUUGACUUCAAAAACAUAAUGGACUUCACUCAAAAGCAGUUCAGAUGUUGUGGUGGAAAAGACUACUUGGAUUGGAAAAAGAAUGAGUAUCAUGAGUGUUCUGCCCCUGGGCCCCUUGCCUGUGGCGUUCCUUACACCUGCUGCAUACGUAACAAGACAGAUGUAAUGAACACCAUGUGUGGCUACAAAGCCAUGAAUUAUGAACGCCUGGAUGCAAUGAAGUUUAUUUACGUUCGAGGUUGUACAGAUGCAGUAAUUAUCUGGUUUCUAGAUAAUUACACUAUAAUGGCAGGUGUUUUGUUGGGUAUCCUCUUACCACAGUUCCUUGGCAUCUUGCUCUGCCUUCUCUAUAUUACACGUAUUGAGGAUAUUAUCAGUGAGUGGAACAGUUCUGGAGUUCUUCUGGAGGGAGAAUCCGUUAAACCUGAGAUUGAAUUUUCAAAAGUGGGCUGUUGCAGUUGCUACCCGGGUGUUGAAUCGACAGCUUGAUGGCACAUGAAAUGUACAGUGCCAAAUCUACUUCUCCAACAUACACUUCUUUGAAACAGGACCUCACUAACUACCACUAAAGCUAUAAAGUUUGUUUGGAAGCCUGAUGUAAACAAUAUGUUGAUUAUGAUAAGGCCUAUAAACUACAUUUUCCAGGGUCGUCAAAGCUUAUGGGCUGUUGAAGAGACUGUUGGUGCUGAUAGACAUUGUGGUAAAAAUCCAUAGUGUCAGUUGUAUUUAAGUUAAGUUUGCUUUAUCUAAACCCUGGCCCUAAUUUAUUCCUGUGAUAUAAGUUAUGGUUAAAACAGACUUUGGCAUGCAGUUACUUUUUCAAAUUAUGAGUAACAUGAGUUUACACUUGGGCAUACCAAUUCCAUUGCACACAUGUAAAUCUUUUUGGUAAUUUUUUUCUAACAGAAAUGUCAAUUUUUCAAAUAGGACUGUUUACUGACUGCUCUGUAAAGAAAUAUUACUUAGCUGCAUUAGCAUGGAGCAAAAAUGUACUUAUUUUGUAGUAAAGCAAGGAACAGACAUGAGAGAGCUUUAUUAUUAAGCGUAGUUUAAGCAGCUGCGUACAUUGCCUUACUUCUUAGCCCUGUUUAGAACAGUUUCUUUUGUCAUUUGCACCCUUUUGUGCAUCAGCACCUUGUCUCCAGCAGUUCCUUACCAGUAACUUACAAAAGCAAAUCACAUCAGAAAAAUGUGGUUUGCAGUUCAACAAAAGUUGCUGGCAACAGUUUGACAUCCUUAAUUAGAACAGUCUGAUUGGACAUACUGGUUUGUACUCAGGUUUCCAAGUGCCAAUAACAAUUCUAAAAUGCAACUAUGCCUUAAGCAACACACAUCCAACCACAACACUUGAAUUAGUUAUUUUUGUUUUUUUUAGCCACAACCAAAAUCAGUGCUUUUUUAACCCUAGCCAUAUGAUUCAGAAAGCACAGCAUUACUACUUAAGUGAACACUUCCUGAAAAUUCUUAAAAAUCUCCUACAAAGUCAGUCCAGCCCCCUUUUUUCUGGCCGCAUAACCUGUGUAGAGCAUUUGAAGGGAGGCACAACAAACAGAACAAAUAAGGCUUAUUUACUAACACAAUGCAAUAAGCAAAUUUUUGUCCAUCCAAAUGCUAUUCACAAAGGUACUUGCUCCAAAAUACUGGUUGCUGUACUGAAUAACGGCAAGUGCAGGUAAAACAGAAAAUCAUAGAUGCAAUUUGCAUAUAAUUUACCAAUGUGGAUAAAAAAUAAACUUGUUACUUUGUGGGAAAGGCCACAAUAAAUCUGCAAGCCACCGUAUUGUGGGUGAAAAACUUGGCACUUGCUAUGUACCAGUCUUAUAUUAUUUCCUGAUAUAACUUGGUAAAAAGCCACCCAAAGAUGAUUUCAGCAGUGUGCAGGACACCUUCUUCCUCUUAUGAUGAGUUAAAAUAACUUUGCUGUGCAGAAUCACCAGGCUUUUCUUUGUGACCACUGUCAACAAAUUGGCAUAACAGCAAAACAUAAAGCAUAAUAGCAGAAGGAAGUUUCUGGGCACAGUUAAAUGAUACAUCUAUGCUGUCAUGCUGGUGCUGUACAUUCAAGCUGACUAUAGCAACAGAAUGAAAGAAUUAUGCAUUUUACAAAUUUUGUAAUUCAUACUCAUAGGGAGUAUUUUUUUUAGUUUUGAUCAGCUGAAAACUGCCAUGUCAGCAGAGAAUAACCUGUAGAAACAGACAACCUAUGAAUAUACAAAUCUCAGGAACUCAAGAGUGCCAAAGGGCAUUUUUAUAUAAAAAAAAAAA